AUGGCUGUCCACGAAAUAACAGCUUUGAUUGGCUCCACCUUCUUUUUUGUAGAUGCAGCAGCAGCAGCAGGCAUGAGCUCGUCAUCUGGAGGAGAUGGGUAUUAUGGAGAGGGCAAUGAAGAGGUCAUCACGCUGGAGGAUAUCAGUACCAUCUCAAGGCCAGAAAAACCUCUGCCAACCGCAAGCCCUGCUGAUGAGGCUUCCCCUUACUAUCCCUACUCUAAUUGGUCAUCUUUAGAACUUGGUAAUUGGUAUUGGAAUGAAGGAGUACAGAAGUCUCAGCAGAGUUUCAGUGAACUGGUUGACAUAGUUACAGAUUCUGACUUUGACUGUGCUGGUGUUCUGGCGACGCCUUGGGACAAGAUCAAUUCCACUUUGGGUCAGAAUGACUAUGGGGAGGGCGAAAAUGAAUGGGAGGAUGAGGAUGCAGGCUGGCACAAAACUGAUGUCUCUAUUCAGAUCCCAUUUGCUUGUACCAAUGAGCAUGCAGGUGUUAGACCAUACAUGGCUGCAGAAUUGUAUCAUCGCUCUUUGGUUGCUGUCAUACAAGAGAAGCUAGCGAAUGUAGGGGAUGAUGAGCUCUUCCAUUAUGAGCCCUACGAGCUCCUAUAG